CCCACGGUCGGGUUGGGUUUAAGCGCUUUCACCCAAUGAAGGUCAGCUCAGCUACCAGCCGGGACAUUCCUUCCGUUCCCAAACCAUCCACAAAUCCAUCAAAAUCCAUCCAAGUUACUUCAAUACAUAAUGGGCCAAAUGUGAAAACACUCCAAAUAUUAUCAAAAGGAAUUGAGAACUAAUUCUGUAUUUCUUACAGUGAACCACUUGUUGACGAACGUCCAACUGUGGCUGAAAUCCUCGCGCAUAAAUCCUAUCCAGAUACAAUAUGGAGACUCACACCAACGAAAAAAGGAAAGUUGCCGGUCGGCAAGGGUAGAGGGGGACCGUUCAAUAUUGAUUGGGAGGUUCAUGGCAGUGGAGAGACGAAGGUUGUGGUAAGUUGAUGAUUUUGGACCUUAAGUGUUACACAUAUAUAUCACAUGCAAGUGCAUGGCGGACCGGCAAAUGAGGAAGUGAAAGAACUCAAAGCUCAAAGCUCAAACAUCAAUGUCUUGGGACCCGGUAUACAAAAUACCAUCGAUAUUAUUCACAAUUAUUCGGCAUUAUCGCCGCCUCCCUCUAUACCUCCAGAGCCUUUUGCUCCGCUGAACAGAACUUGAUUCCAAUGUGGUCACGUGAUCCAUACAUCAACCGCUAAUCCGGGGUCUCCAUCCAGUGGCUCAUGGGCUUAGGGUCCAACAAGUCAACAUGGCAAAGACAAACCCUGCACUUUGGUCAUGAAAGGGGAGAUAAGUAUUCGUCGUUGGUGUUUGAUAAUAGAGGUAUGGGCGCAUCAGACACCCCUAUUUUACGAUAUUCUACCUCGGAAAUGGCCAAAGACUGUAUUGAGCUCCUCGAUCAUCUAGGUUGGACGAAGGAUAGACAACUGAACGUCACUGGAGUAAGUAUGGGUGGAAUGAUUGCACAAGAAAUGGUAAGUGAUCCAUGUAAUUUCUUAGUUACAUCGUUCAAGGUUAAUGCUAAUCAUCAUCUACAGGCAUUAAUAAUACCAAAUCGAAUUGCCACUCUCAACUUACUUUCCACGGCUGCCUUUGUCGAGAACACUACCACUUUCUUUGAACAUCUGCGCACUAGAGUUAUGAUGUUCGUUCCUAAACCACUUGAUCGAUCGGUUCUCGAUGCAUCAUUGUCACUGUUUCCCGCUUCGUGGCUAUCAUUACCAGAUACUGGUUUGUUUAUCCUUUCUUUACCUUUGGAUUUACUUCAUAUCCCUACUAUUCUAACUUCCAUGACUUCUGCUGUUUCUCUGCUCCAACUAAUUCAUACCAUUUAGCUCAUCUGCCCUCGGAAUCAACUCCCUUGGUGGAACCACCACCAGGCCACCCUUUUCCUUAUGCACACUUCUCCACGAACUAUGAACGCUUUGCUGCCGCCGAACUAACCAAACGGCUCGAUCCUAACUCUUUCAAGACAAUCGGAUUUUUGCUGCAGGCGAUUGCUGCCGGCUGGCAUCACAAGAGCCCUGCGCAAAUAAAAGAGUUGGGGGACAAAGUGGGAAGGGAGAGGAUUGCCGUCAUGCAGUGAGUAUAUUUUGAAGUUUUUUCGAUUUAAACCCAUUUAGUACGGGUACUUGAUGUUUGAAGAACGACUAACACACCAUACAGUGGCACACAAGACCGGCUAAUAUCUUUUCCUCAUGGUGAGAAGCUCAUCGCAUUUCUCCAACCCAGUAGACCGGAAAUUCGAGAAGGUGUUGGGCAUGCGAUUCCUAUUCAAGAGGAAGCUUGGUUUAAUGAAAACAUGUCGGCAUUUUUUGAGGAAUUUAACUGAGAGAAGGCAUGAUUCAGAUUUAAACGGGCCACCUAGAUUAUACUAUCAAUACAUGAACAUCUUCAUCAUAUAUCCCCUUCUAACUGUUGCCGCAAACCCUCCUGCAAGUAUGACUCCGAGUCACUGGGCAUC